AUGCAAAUUAUUGCGAAUGGAAGAACCUUUCAAGUGCGGCCUCUGGAUGAAAAUUCUGAAGAUGAACAUUUCUUUAAUCCCCGACUUGGAUGGACAUGGGUUCGAUACCAGAAUACGAAUUGCAUAAAGCAAACGAUAGUGCUGAAAACUGCGGGCGAUCAUGCUGAAAAAAUACUGGAGAAUUACGCGAUUGGUAAUCAUUGUGCUAAAAAAAUGAAAUGUUACGCUGAGAAACAAGUUGCUGAAAAACUGCUGAAAAAUGUAUGA